AUGAGUGAAACGUCUCAAUCUUGCACACGCAUUACCAAACAUGAUGUGGGCUGGAGACGCGUUGUGCGGAAUUUCAGUCCUUCUAGAUGGUUUGCCGUGACGAUGGGCACAGGCAUCGUGUCGGUUCUGCUGACCUCAAUACCCUUCCAUACUCCAGCUCUCUACUACUUAUCCAUUACGUUCUUCAUUUUGAAUACGAUCUUGUUCGCUCUGGCCAUGACCACUUCGAUUCUUCGGUACACAUUAUAUCCGGAGAUUUGGAGCGUAAUGAUCAAAGACCCAGUGAACUCGCUCUUCUUGGCCACCAUCCCGAUGGGAUUUGCAACACUCAUUGAGAUGUGGGUGCUCGUCUGUGUUCCACUGUGGGGCGAAUGGGCCAAAACUGUCGCGUGGGUCUUAUGGAUGGUGGACGUUGUCGCGGCAGCUUCUGUCACCCUGUCGAUAUCGUUUAUACUAAUAUCUCAGGACCAUAUAACCUCGCUAGAUCGGAUCACUGCUCUCCAGUUACUGCCAAUUGCAGCCACAAUUGUCGCUGCAGGUGCAGGUGCAGAAGUCGCCGGCAUUCUUCCAAAUCAACAACAUGCGCUAGGCACACUCCUGGUGUCUUUCAUCCUAUGGGGCAUGGGAACUCCGUUGGCGAUCGUUGUCUUAGUGAUUUACUACCAGCGACUCGCAGUGCACAAGCUUCCACCAAGAGAAGUGAUAGUCAGCUGCUUCCUGCCGCUGGGGCCCCUUGGCUUUGGUGGCUUUGGCAUUCUAUACAUAGGGAAAGUGUCUCGUAACCUACUCCAGAACAGUGACCUUAUAGACCCUUUGGCGGGUCGAAUGGCGUAUGUUCUGGGGAUUUUUAUCUCCCUUCUCAUGUGGAGCUUCGGUUUGAUAUGGCUAGUGUUUGCGCUUGCAACAGUGUUGCACAAAACUCCAUUCCCAUUCAACAUGGGAUGGUGGGGAUUUACUUUUCCGCUUGGUGUAUACGCUGCAAACACCAUGGAGCUGGGAAUUGAGAUGGACAUCAUGUUCUUCAAAGUUUUUGGAACAAUCUUGAGUGGGGCAGUAGUUUUGCUUUGGAUUCUAGUCACCUCAAGAACUGCACAUGGUGCAUGGCAUGGGACCUUGUUCCAUGCACCAUGUUUACAGAACCUAGCGUUCAAAGAAGAGAGAGCAUGCGUGUGA